CUCAACACGAAGGUAGUUCUGCAUUUCCUCACUGAUAUGUUGAGAGCGGCAAGAGGCUCACAUUUAUCAGGACAGUCAAAGUUUGAUGGCUGACAUUUCCUCUGCAUUUGAUAUCUCACAGAGUUCCAACAAUGGAUAUUUUCGCUUUACUAUGGAUAGUCUCUCUGGCUUUCACAGGUUUAACUGAAGGAGCUGGUGUGUUGCCAGACGGUCCUCUGAAUGCAGCUGUGGGAGGGAAAGUGAUGUUCACCAUAACACUGACUCCAGGAACAACUUUUCAAUCAGUGACCUGGAAGUUUGGUAAUGAAGAUAUAUUUACUUGGAACGUUAACAACUUCACUGAACCAGAGUAUGAAGGCAGGAUCACCUUCUUCAUGUCUACUGGAUCUCUGGAGCUCAGGAACCUGGCUCUAAAUGACAGUGGAGAUUACACAGUUACCAUUUCACUACUUGGAGAACCAUCAAAGUCAGGGACCACAAGACUGAACGUAUACGAGCCAGUCUCCAAUGUAACGGUAACCUCCAGCAGCACAGAGUUGGUGGAGUUCAACAGCUCCGUCAGUCUGUCCUGCUCCUCCUCUGGAUCCCCUCUCUCUUUCCUCUGGCUGAACAGCAGCUCUGAGGUUACAGGAAGUGACAGAGUUCAGAUCACUAAUGGAGGAUCCACUUUAACUAUAAAUAAUGUGACCCGCUACGACCAGGGACCGUUCAGGUGUCGUGUGUUUAAUCCUGUCAGUGAGGGCACCAGUGCUCCUCCACUAAACCUCACCAUCUACUAUGGCCCAGAAAAUACUAAUUUGACAAUAUCUCCGCCCGAAAAACACCAUCAGGAAGGAUCAGACAUCGUCCUGUCCUGCUCAGCUGACUCCAACCCUCCUGCCCAGUUUACGUGGUUUCUGAAUGGUAGCGCGCUGUCUGAUGGACCAGAGCACAAACUGAUGAACGUUCAGAUAAAUCAAAGUGGAAGCUACAGCUGUCAGGCCUUCAACGACAAGACUCUGAGAUAUGAGACGUCGAUGCCUGCAUCCAUCUCUGUACUGACAAAUGUUACCAAUGUUGUGGUAACUUCAGAACCAACAGAGCUGGUGGAGUUCAACAGCUCCGUCAGUCUGUCCUGCUCCUCCUCUGGAUCCUCUCUCUCUUUCCUCUGGCUGAACAGCAGCUCUGAGGUUACAGGAAGUGACAGAGUUCAGAUCACUGAUGGAGGAUCCACUUUAACUAUAAAUAAUGUGACCCGGUACGACCAGGGACCAUUCGAGUGUCGUGUUUCUAACCCUAUCAGUGAGGGAACCAGUGCUCCACUAAACCUCACCAUCUACUAUGGUCCAGAAAAAACUAAUUUGACAAUAUCUCAGCCACAAAAAUAUUAUGAGAACGGGUCAGACAUCAGCUUGAUGUGCUCAGCUGACUCCAGACCUUCUGCUGUAUUUACGUGGUUUCUGAAUGGAGACCUGCUGUCUGAUACUGGAUCAGAUCUCAGUCUGAUAAACGUUCAGAUCAGUCAGAGUGGCAACUACAGCUGUCAGGCCUUCAACGACAAGACUCUGAGAUAUGAAAUGUCUCAGCCUUCAGUUGUUUCUGUACUGGCACUUGUUUCCAAUGUUGUGGUAACUUCAGAACUAACAGAGCUGGUGGAGUUCAACAGCUCCGUCAGUCUGUCCUGCUCCUCCUCUGGAUCCUCUCUCUCUUUCCUCUGGCUGAACAGCAGCUCUGAGGUUACAGGAAGUGACAGAGUUCAGAUCACUGAUGGAAACUCCACUUUAACUAUAAUUAAUGUGACCCGCUACGACCAGGGACCAUUCAGCUGUCAGGUGUUUAAUCCUAUCAGUAAUGGCACCAGUGAUCCACUAAACCUCACCAUCUACUAUGGUCCUGAAAAAACGCAUUUGACAAUAUCUCAGCCACAAAAAUAUUAUGAGAACGGGUCAGACAUCAGUCUGAUGUGCUCAGCUGACUCCAGACCUUCUGCUGUAUUUAAGUGGUUUCUGAAUGGAGCCCAGCUGUCUGAUACUGGAUCAGAUCUCAGUCUGAUGAACGUUCAGAUCAGUCAGAGUGGGAACUACAGCUGUCAGGCCUUCAACGACAAAACUCUGAGAUAUGAAAUGUCUCAGCCUUCAGUUGUUUCUGUACUGGAGAAAGUAUCCGGCGCUUCUGUCACAUCUACAUCAAACCUGCCGAUUGAGGGGAAAUCUUUCAGAUUAAUCUGUGACGCUGCUGGCUCUGUCUUUACCAGAAAGUGGAGAAAGGGUGUCUUAGAUCUGACUCUGACUGUAAACAUGACCCUCACCAACAACAACAGAGAGCUGUCUUUUAGCAGUCUGAAUAAAGACGACACAGGAGAUUAUUCCUGUAAUAUCAGCAACCCCCUCAGCAGCGAGGAAGCAAAGUACCCCAUGAUUGUUAACUAUGGACCAGAAACAGUUCAAAUCACAGGUCCAAGUCAGAUACAUGUUGGAGGCACAUUUAAAUUAACCUGCUCGGCUGCAUCUGUACCAACUGCGAAUUACACCUGGACGCUGAAUGGGGCAGUGAUGCACACUUCUGCUGUGAUUUAUAAAAACAACACUGAAUUAUCUGACAGUGGCAACUACUACUGUAAAGCGAUGAAUGAUAUAACCAGGAGAAACUCAUCUGUGGUCCAUGAAUUGACUGUAACACUAACAAAGCCAGGCCCACAAGGCUUGUCGGGUGGUGGCAUCGCUGGAAUAGUAAUCGGAGUUUUAGUCGUCCUCGGUGUUGUAGCUGCUAUUGUGUGGUACUUCCUUUGUUACAAACAAAAACCAGGUAAAAAUACUGCUGCUGGAAACCCUAACCCCAGAACGGGAGAUGAAGGCCAGGACAACGGGGCGUACACAAGAAGUCAGGAGAUGCACUAUGCAGAUGUCAGUUUUACCAAAAACAAUAACGGGGAAACAGUCCAGAUGGGAGACCAGAAUAAACCGUCAGACUACGCUGAGGUCAGAGUGAACAACAAUCCUCGUGCUGCUGCGUCCUCACUCCCAACCUACGAUGCUCACCAACAGCGCAACAAGAGGCCGGCUCCUCAGCCUGAAAUCGCCGACCUCUACGCUCAAGUUCGCAAGAACUGACCACACUGGAUGCAAUGGAUAAUGUUGGGGGGGGGUCUCACUGGAAGCAGCUAACAUGAGAAACCUUCACUUCCCUCUCAGUCUUUCUUUUUUUGAUGGAGGGCUCAUUUGCCUUGAGUUAGCUUUCUCCAAAGCACUUUAGCCGGGGUUAAUGGUCAACCAGUUUGUGACAGUUAUUGCAGUGACUGAGGUCAGACUGCACAAUGUAGGCCUACUAGCUCGCAAUCAUAACAAUAGCUUUCUUGUGUACAGUUAAUCAAAAGUGCACAUAGAUGAGUGGAAAUGUACUAUGUGCUACUCUGUUGUUAGCUUUAGCAUAAUGUUUGAUACCGGUGUGGUGCCAUAUUGGACUCCCUAUGCAUAUUCAGUGAUCACAUCAAUUUCAUAUUUAUUUUAUAUUAAAAUGCUAAAUCAGUUAUUUGAAAAUUAUUUCAUUAAAAUGUCAGUAUCAUUUGUCAGGGCAUUGAUUCUCUUUGAUUUGUGAACUAUAAUGACAUUGUUAUGGCGGAAAGAUUAAUUCCAUCUGUUGGUCCAAAGGACAAGUUGAAAGAUCAAUAUAGAGAUGAAUCAUUGUAGUUUAAUUUCAUAAAGAUACACUUUAUAAUGCCACAUAGGGGAGGUGUGAAGCCACAACAAUCCUUAAAAGCCAUCAACGAAAAAAAGGUUAAUGAAGGAUAUCUUUGUAUACAAUAAGUGCCUUACUGUAAGUCUGCCUCCAACAGAAAUGCGGAAACUAGCUUUUGAAGAAAUGCCAAUAUAUCCCGCAAGUGAUCAUCAGGGUAAUUCAGGAAAAGAUUUACAGUAAAUGUCAAUAAAAGUUGCUGUGUGAUAAAAUGAUAAGGUGCAAUAUCUGUCAACAUGUUUCCCCGAAAGGCCUGCAGCCAAAAGGGAAGUUAAACAGGGAAGUGAAACAUUGCACUAGUAGAAAAUAGAAGCACAUUUGCAUUGCUGCAGACUCUCGGUUUCCUCAACUCAAUGCAAAUCUUAGUAUGUUCCGUUUAUGCUUUGUUUCAGUUUUAUAAAAUGUCAGACUAUAGCAUAGAGUCUAAACACAACUUUUUCUAAUGAAUGCAUGUGCCAAACGAUUGUUAACAAAUAACCCACAUGGACAAUUAUGCAUUUCAACAUCACCUGUUCUGUAUUCUUAUUUCGCUUUGCUCUGUUUCAUUAUUUAAUCUACUGUAAAAUGUGACGAUACUGCUGAGUGUUAAAUUUGCAUAUUUUAAAUGCAGCAACUCCAUUUUCUCACCUCUGCUACAAUGUUAUUUAAGUGUUUUGUGAUAAUUCAGUAAUCUAAGAUGAUUCCCAGGAGCUUUUUCUCUUGGACUUGGUCUAUAGAUACAUUAUUUAUGUAAAUAUGUCAUUUAAAAGAAAUAAUUCUAAGUUUGUAACAAAUCAAUGUGUUUUGGUUUUUUGAAAUAUUCAGUAUCAAUGUAUGGAUUUUCACAUUAUCUCAGGCCUUAAAUACAGUUUAUUUACAUUUGUUAAUAGAAAAGAACAGACUGGUUGGUAUGGUGGUUCCCAUUGAAGUUACCAAUGUAUGUUUGGCGUUGGUUUAAAAGAUGGUAAUGCCAUAAGCAAGGACUUGUGAUUGUAUGAUUUAUUUGACAAAUAAAAGGAUUAUUUGAUCCAUCAA